AUGAGGGAUAGAUUUCAGGAGCUGCGCGCCCUCGCGCUGCAGCUGCAUCCAUUAGCAGCAGCGCAGAUGCAUCAGGGUGAGGGGCCCCCUGGGGCCCCUGGGGGCCCAUCAGGGUUUGUAGGAGGGUCUCCAGUGGAUUUGGAAGAGGGUUUGGGUACUGGAGGGGGCCCCCCAGGGGGGCCCCCAGGGGGGCCCCAAGGAGGGGGUUUUUUAGGGGAUUAUUUUAAUAAAGUAAAUAUAUUAGCAGAGGCAUUAGCACAAAUAGGAGAAAAGAUUGAAUUAAUGCAGGACCUUAAGACAAGACUAGUAGAGGCAACAAGUCCUGAUGAUGAGAAAGAUGUAUCCCAUGAAUUACAUAAAGUAUUAUCAGCAGGAACAACAUUAAUGCAGAAAACAAAGAAAGCAAUAGAAGGAUUAAAGGAAGAAAAUAAACAAUUUGCUGCACAAAAAGGGAAUAUAAAUUGUGUUGCUGAAUUAAGAAUUAGACAAAAUCUGCAGCAAACCCUAGCAGCAGAACUGCAGCAGCAGCUGCAGCUACUACAGCUCAGACAGGCAGAGUAUAGAUUACAAGUAAGAAAAAAAGCUAUUCGUCAAGUUAAGCUUGUGUACCCUGAUGCUGUUGACUCGGAAAUUGAGGGUUUGGUGGACUCGGGAGAACUUACAGCAGCAACAGCAAUUAAGAUGAAGGUUUCUGGUACUCACCAGGCAUUGAAGAACGCUACUGCAGACAUUCAAGACAAAUACCGUGACAUCCGCAGGCUGGAGCAAAGUGUUGCUGAGUUACACCAGAUGUUUGUUGAGUUAUCUUUCUUAGUAGAAGCACAAGGAGAAAUGGUUGAACAAAUUCAAUACUCUGUACAACAAGCUAAAGAAUAUACAGCCAAGGCCGAGAAGGAGUUGCUGCAGGCACGAAGAAAUCAGAAAUCAGCGAAGGCGCGCAUGUUUUGGAUUUCUGUUAUUUUAAUUAUCAUCAUUGCGAUUGUCCUCGUCCCCGUCUUUGUCACUCUCCUUAAGUAG